UGGGGUUGUGGGCGGUGCGCUCAGAGCCCGGGAAAAGCGAGAAAUGGCGUCGCCGAUCGCGGGCUCGCGGCCCGCCCUGCCCCUGAAGGGGCUAAUGACCGCUGACAGGGGAUGCAGGGUCCUGGGCGUCUGUGGCAUGCAUCCCCACCAUCAGGAAGCUCUGAAAAGGAACCGAGUGGUGCUGGCCAAGCAGCUGUUGCUGUGUGAACUGUUAGAACAUCUCCUGGAGAAAGACAUCAUCACCUUGGAGAUGAGGGAGCACAUUCAGGCCAAAGUAGGCAGUUUCAGCCAGAAUGUGGAACUCCUCAACUUGCUGCCCAAGAGGGGACCCCAGGCUUUCGAUGCCUUCUGUGUGGCCCUGAGGGAGACCAAGCAGGGUCACCUGGAGGAUCUGUUGCUCUCAACCCUCUCUGGUCUUCAGCACGUUCUCCCACCGUUGAGCCGUGACUACGACUUGGGUCUGUCUUGCCCGGUGUCUGAGUCCUGUCCCCCUCACAAGCAGCUCCGCCUGUCUGCAGAUACGAUGGAACACUCCCUAGACAACCGAGAUGGUCCUCCCUGCCUUCAGGUGACACCUUGCACUCCCGAGUUUUAUCAAGCACACUUCCAGCAGGCCUAUAGGCUGCAGUCUCGGCCUCGUGGCCUGGCCCUGGUCCUGAGCAACGUGCACUUCACUGGAGAGAAGGACCUGGAAUUCCGCUCUGGAGGGGAUGUGGACCACAACACCCUAGUCGCCCUCUUCAAGCUCUUGGGCUACCAGGUCCACGUUCUGCUGGACCAGACUGCACAGGAAAUGGAAGAGAAACUCCAGAAGUUUGCCCAGUUGCCCACUCACUGUGUCACCGACUCCUGCAUAGUGGCCCUGCUCUCUCACGGCCUGGAGGGCGGCGUCUACGGUGUGGACGGCAAGGUGCUUCAGCUGCAAGAGGUUUUUCGGCUCUUUGACAAUGCCCACUGCCCGAGCCUCCAGAACAAGCCGAAGAUGUUCUUCAUCCAGGCCUGCCGCGGAGAUGAAACCGAUCGUGGGGUCGACCAGCAGGACGGAAAGAGCAGUGCCGCGUCCCCUGAGUGCGAGGAGAGUGAUGCCAGUAGGCAGGAGCUGCUGAAGAUGCGGCUGCCCACUCUCUCAGACAUGAUAUGUGGCUACGCCUGCCUCAAAGGGACUGCCGCCAUGCGUAACACCAAACGGGGUUCCUGGUACGUCGAGGCCCUCGCCCAAGUCUUCUCUGAGAGGGCUUGUGACACGCACGUGGCCGACAUGCUUGUCAAGGUAAAUGGACUUAUCAAGGAGCGGGAAGGCUACGCCCCCGGCACCGAGUUCCACCGAUGCAAGGAGAUGUCGGAGUACUGUAGCUCCCUGUGCCGCCACCUCUACCUGUUCCCAGGACAUCCUCCCAUGUGAGGCCACCUCAGGCCAGGACUGCAGGAGGCGUGGUGGAGCCUCUUCAGGAUUAGACGUUCUGUCCUUCCCCCUCAGGGACUGGGGGUCCCGUGACCAGCGUCUUCGCCGUGGAGUCGGGGACUGUGGCUGGCUCCUGCUGUCGGGGGCUCGCUCCCCGGGGGGCCGGCGGCCCUGGCUGGACCGGUUGCCGGGAGCUUGGCUGCAGGACAGGAGCCUGGCAGCAGGUGCUGGACACACCGUCCUGACAGGGAGCGGCGUGCAGUCUCCUCGAUGGGUGUGCUCCCUUUCUGCCCCGGCUCCUGCAGGUGGCACUUGAGUCACUGCUCUUAUCACAUCGGUCAAGACAUCUCAGAGGUCACCCCCUGUCCUUCCUAUCCCGGCCCACUUUUCUAGGAGAGUUUGGAAGGCGUUCUUGUUUAAUAUAGGCAUUAGAAGGGACAAACAGGACCAGAGACAGACUGUGCUGCUGUGUGUGUGUGGAAACGACCUGCGUGCUCCUUCAGGAUGGCAAGGCCACCACGGAAGGGACAGUCUCCCGUGGGCUCCAGGCAUCCAGGCUUUCGGCAGAGACGGGGCUGGGACCCCUCGCAUCUGUCACGCGUUGGUCUUGGCCCAGGGAAGUCCAAAGGUCUUUCCUCGGAGCUUUGACAGAAGCAGGCCCGACGGAGAGUGCCAGCCAAGGUUACAGGUAUCGCUGUGACCUGUCUCCUUAUCUUCUUCCUAAGAAACGUCCCUUUCUAUAUAGAGCUGCCUACUUGUCACCUCCCUGCUUCCUGUUUCUCCUCUGUUCAUUUCAUCCUGUUCACAGCUGCCUCCAGACCUGUCUAAAAUGCAACUUCCUUGGGCCGUGGGGCUGGUGAGGAUGCAGUGCAGCACCCUGUCCCCGCUUCCUGUUUCAGCUCUGAACCCCCGUUUGAUUUUGUCUGGCCUCUCUCCCUGUCUCCACGUCUCUCCAGUUCAGGAGGCCUUUGCUCUAUUGGUGUCCGUGUUGUUGACCCUGGGAGCUGGCUCUGUCUCUGUGGAUGAGAUACCCCUUUGGUGUCAGUAUGACAGAUUUUGGGUUUUAAAUAAAAAUCUGAUCAUCUCACUCCCCUGCUUGGAACCCUUUGGUUUCUUAUUAAACCUCAAAUAAAAUCCGAACUCCUUACCUUGGCCUGCGGGCCCCUGCCUCCUGCUUAGACCUCCCCAAGUGUGGCUGUCCCUCUAAGGGACACAUACUCUGAGUCCUUUCCUGUCCUGGGCCAUCGCAGACACUCCUGGGCCUACUGAGUGCCACCCCUCCCCACUCUGGGCUUAGGUGGUUUUUCUCGAGUCCCAGUUUGAAUGCCACUUCCUUGUGGAGGCCUUCUUAAGCUGUUCUCUCUAAAUGGUUUUCUAUGUUUAUCACUGUGCCCUGUUUAUUCCCUUUGCUGUGCUUUUCAUAACCUACAAUGAUAUAUUUACUUGCUUGCCUGUUCAUUUCUGUCUCCCCCACCAGGCUGUAAGCUCUAUGAGAGGAAAAAGUUUGUCUCUCUCGUUCAGCAAUACGUACCCAGUGCCUGGCACUUCAGUAAACGUUUGUGAAGGAAGCAGCCCUAGCUAGAAUCCUCCCUUUUGACAAUACGCAGUUUGAGAUUAGUACUCUGGAUUUUUCUUUCAUGUGUUUUGUUUCAUCCACUGGUGUUAUGAAUUCCUGAAGACAUGCAUGUCACAUGCGAGACAACGUCCUCCACAUCUCAAGGUGCCUGGCACAGCGCUCGGCCUGUAUAAUAGUUGAGGUGCUCAAUAAAUACUUGUUCCGCGAGCCACGGUGGUUCGGAGACUUGUGGCUAAGUCCCACCUACCCUUGGAUCAGUGUUGUAUGCAGAUAAAACCUUCCCAGUUCCCACUGCCAGGAUGUUGUAUUGCUGUCAG